CUUUCAUUCUCUCCAGCCGAAACAUCUGGCCGGUGGCGUUUCUCUUUGCCGCACAGCCGCCCUAUGGCAUGCUGUUGUCCUUCGCUCCCUCGUUUGUUUUUGGUUCUAGCAUCUACAGUCGACCAUCUUUUCUCGGUUGGUACUUUACGCAUGGCCAUCUUUGCUUUGGUGUUGCACCUACUCUCUGUUUCUAUUUUCUUUCACUUCUUCAACAAUUUUCUAGCCAACGUGUUCUCUGUACACGUCCGCUUGCAAUGGAGGUGCGUGCUGCAUACAUGCGCAUGCUCCUUUUCUCUCUGUUUGUGUUUUUUUUUCUUUUUUUUCUUUUCUUUUCUUUUUCUUCAGCUGCGCAAGACAUACCGGCCGCCAGGGAGAUUUGCUCCUGGCCGAACGCGCCCGAGUGCCUCGGUACGGCCGUUCCUGCGCGGCAGGGCGGGACCCCGCGGACUCUCCCGCCGGCGAGUGCGUCCCCUAGGUUGGGCACGCCGCCGUCGGUGGUCCCUGCCAGCCGGUAAGAAAAAAAAAAAACUUCGACUGUACCAACCUUUUCAAGAACUAAUGUACCCGGAUCUAGCCUCCAAAUCGAAUGCCUCUGUGAAUGAAUGGAUGUUUUGUAACGGGAUCCGUAAAGAAUCGCAGAUCCGGGCCCCCGCGAUAUUUCUGUUAUUUUCUGUGAUGAUUUUAGUGCAUCUAUGCACAUUCACGCGGUUUAAAAAAAAUUAGGGUUCUAACCGUAAUUUUAUUCUGUGGCUUUUUCUUAUCUGUUCUUGACCGUGGUUCAUAAUCACGAGUCUCUUUUGUCUCUGUUGACAGAUGUACCGAUUAGGGUUAGGUCAUAAACCCUAACCCUAGACAGUUAUGUGAGAGCUCUCUCGUUUGAGGCCGAGACACACUGUGUCUUUUACAGUGGCCAGACCUAAAAUCUUAGGGUUAGAGAAAACCCUAAUCCGAGAGCAUCAACCAUUUCUUUCUAUUCUAAUCUCUGUUCUAGGGGUGAUGAAUGAUGAUAAAAAAAAAUGAGUUCAUCACAUAUAUCCUAGACCUUUCUGUGAUCUCAUAAAACGAUGCGGAUUAGGAGAUCUAGGGUUCUUAGGUGCCUCUGAUACCAUUGUUAGAUUUUCUGGUGCUUAGGAUCGUUUCCUAAGUCCCUAGAAUACCAAUCCGUGUCUAAAAUACCUCGAUGAUGAGUAGAUCUAUUCUACUGAGGGGUAUAGGUUAACAUACCGUCGUUGUUGUUCCUAGCCAUCAUUGCGGCGGCGUCUUGCAGCGAAGACCCGCCUCCUCCUUCUUGUCGAUCUCCCUGCUGGUGUCGAGGAGAUUGGUUCCCGUCGUUGAUCGGCGGUGGAUCAGCUCCUCCAAUGUUGCCUGCAGGGGGAAUCUCAGAUCCCGAUGGGAUAACGGGGAUCUGAGACAUAGUCACAGCGAUUCAAGUCACUCCGAGCGCCUAGGGGAUCGGUUCCUCUCAAAGUGUUGAUUAGGGUUUGUGGUCGAGCGAUUAGCGUUGGCUAAACCCGUCGGCCCCCUUAAUCUAUUUAUAUGGCGUCGUGUGACCGGGGGCUGCAACCAACGGUUAGGAUAGCCCCCCGAUCAGGGGCGCGGUUAGACGGUUAGGAUUAACCCUACCCCGGUUACUGUUAACCGGCUAGUGUAGAGGACACAUCCUAACAGCUCCAUGUCGAGGAGACUCAGCCGGCAGAGGAAAACGGAGCGCCGACCAUGGGAAUGGGAGGACAGCAGGGCGCGACGCUGGGAGAUCCGGCCGGGCUGGGAGAGCGACGGCCGUAAAUAACAGAGGCACGGCGAACUUGAGAGAGCCGAGGGAGAUGGGCGAACUGGGAAGAAGCUGCGCGACGCAGAGCUGGAGGAACAGAGGGCACGGCGGCCAGGGCAGGGAGCUCAGGGAAAAGCUCGGCACCCAUGGGAGACAGGGAAGAACGCGAUGCGCUGGGGAGGAAAUAAAGUCAUCCGUUCGCUGGAAGAUAAGAAAACUCGAGCAUAUCAUCCCGCA